CUCGGACUCGUCACGCGAACAUUGCGGUUGAUCUGCAGGCAUCCUUCACUGCCCCACUGUAGAAGAAGGAAGACAGUCGUUCCUUCAAAUCAUCACUGCUGAAUUCAGAUCCAGAAAUACAACUAGUACUAGGGCAGCGACUCGGAUCCGAGGAAGGUCAUCCGAUCAAUCAAGCGCCCAAUCCAUCAGCGUGCUUCCUUGUCUGCAAUUUACUUCAUCUUUCUAUUCUCACCAUGUCUGACACAGUUUGGCGACCAGAAGAUGAUCCAAAGAUCAGACCCCCGCUUCAGGAGGGUAAGGUAUAUAGGCCAGACAUACUCAACGUGAUUGAGAUGUCGCUCGAUGGACCAGUGAGUGGGGAGCUGAGGGCUUUAAGUCUCGAAAUCCACGACCAUCCGGAGCUGAUGUUCGAAGAAAAAUAUGCCCACGAUGCAUACACUGCGUUCAUGGAAAAUCAUGGUUUCACAAUAACUAAGAACUAUCAUCUUGAGACUGCCUGGGUGGCUACCUACACCCAUGGACAGGGAGGACGCGUUUUGGGUAUCAACUCUGAGAUGGAUGCGCUCCCUGGAAUCGGACACGCUUGUGGACACAAUCUUAUUGGGAUCUCCGGAGUAGCGGUAGCUCUUGCAACCAAGGCCGCUAUGGAGACGCUCAACAUUGAUGGAAAGGUGGUUCUGCUGGGUACACCUGCCGAGGAGGGUGGGUUUGGCAAGGUCAUGCUGUAUGAAAAGGGGGCUUAUGAUGAGAUGGAUGUGUGCCUCAUGUGCCAUCCCGCACCUGGUCCCCGCCACUCCAUUAGUUUGAGCGGCUGCUUGGCUAUGUCACGUAUCACUGUGGAGUAUCAAGGUCAUACUGCUCACGCUGGGUUAAGCCCCUGGGAGGGACAGAACGCACUUGAUGCAGCUGUCCUUGCAUAUAAUAACGUUUCCCUUCUUCGUCAGCAAAUUAAACCUACUCAUCGCGUGCACGGUAUCUUUGAAGGAAAGGAUUGGGCUCCAAACAUCAUCCCGGAUCACGCUAUAAUGCAGUGGUUAGUCCGUGCUCCCACAACCUCAGAGAUGGAAGACACCAGGAAGCGUGUUAUUUCCUGCUUCGAAGCAGCUGCACUCGCAUCUGGAUGCAAAGUUGAAGUUACGCUUGGAUCAGUAGCCAACGAAAUCAGGCAAAACAAAGCACUUGGCGAUGAGCUUGCUGAUGUUGUCCUGAAGCGCUAUGGUGCCAUCGAUUAUGAAUGGGGUAUCAAGAGUGCUUCUACUGAUUUCGGGAAUAUUUCAUACUUGAUGCCCGGUCUUCACCCUGGUUUUUCCAUCCCGACCGUUCCAGAUGGCGGGAACCACACACUAGGAUUUACGGAAGCUGCACGUUCCGAAGUAUCCCAUGACGCCUGCAUGGUGGUAUCGAAGGCGCUCGCGGCCGUAGGCAUGCGAGUGCUGACUGACGAGGUGUUCCUCCAGAAAGUCAAGGACACAUUCGAGGAAGAUAAGAAACUAAGAGUGUAACCACUAACUUGUUGACUUUUGACAAUCUUUGAUUGUGAGAACCAGCUACAUUGUUUCUGAAACGCCCGUUACGUCCGCCUGCAUGUGCCGGCAGGAACCUUGUUCACACACCGGCAGUUUGGGAGUUUUUCGCUAUGCAAGAUUUGUUUCAAAAUGUUAUUGAUGAAUUUGGCAUUUUCACUACUACGUAGCGGUCUAUUCGUGAUGAGCCUCCAUUUCGCGAGUCACACUUUUUGGCAUGGAAACGUGAUGGCUUGUCACACGGCGUAACGCUAUGUCACGGAAUUCACCGCGAAAAAGCGUGACUCACGAAAUGAUGGUCCAUCACGAAUAGACCAUAAGGGAUGGUAUACAUUUUGACAUGAUAAAAAUAAGAAAUUUGAAUCAAAAUGAUCGAACAUUUACAGUGUCAAAAUGGUGCAUAAAAUGUAC